AUGUCAGAUUCUCAGCAACAAAAAAAUGUUGCAAAAAUUGAACCAAAUAUAUCUGGGAUUUUUAUAACUUGUGUAAAAAAUAAAGAAGCACUAUGUGUGAGAGAGUGUUAUGACUUGUUCAAUGAGUAUGCUGGUAAACUUUUUCUAUCACAAGCUAUAAAUGCUACUGAUCCUGCUGCUAAUAAGAAUGUUGGUGAUGAUAAUGAUGAUAAUUUGGACAUUGAAGAUGUAAUUGCAAAAGAACUUUCAGAAAUGAAAAGGCCACACUCUUCUAAUAAUUUUGCAUCAAUUCAAACUGGAACUGAUUGUGUUGUAUUCAUUAAAACUAAUCCACCAAUUGAUCCAACAAACCUGGUUUAUAAUAUUUUGGAUGAUUUAAAUAAUUCGGGAGAAAAGAAAACCAGAUUCUCUAGAAGAUUAAUUCCAAUAACACAAACAUGUUAUGCAAAUACCAAUGACAUACAAAACAUGGCUCAAUUCAUAUUAAAUCCGAUUUUUAAUAAUUCACAACAAUCACUAGAUUCAAAACAAAAAUUUCAGUAUGCAAUAGUACCUAAUACUCGAAAUAAUGAUAAAGUAGAUAAAAAAGAGUUGAUUAACAUGAUUGCUAAAAUUGUUGGUGAAGAUCAUACAGUCAAUCUUGAAUAA